AUGGGAAGCCAGGCCUUAGGAGCAAGGGCCGAUGGGUGGCACGAGGACCUCGACAGUGUAGCGGCGCCUACUGGUUCUAUAGGUUACUCUCUCUCCCUUGCUCUCUCUCUGCCUCGAUCCCAAUCUUACCUCUACUCGUUGUACCAUGCACAUCAUGAAGACCGACUGAUUAUGGAGGUGACUGUCCCAUCCACGACAAGCAUAGAGGACCCAUGA